CUAAAAACCCGCUCCGUUCCGCCUGGAUGGACCGCAGAGGACGUCUGGGCCGCCAGCAGGAGACGGAAUCGACGACGCUUCCCCGGCUGCGAGACCGACGGAGAGGGGGGGGGAGGAGGAGGAGAGCCGACAGCAGCUCCGACGACAACUUGUCUCUCGCCAGGAGGUGCGAGAGGUACAGGUUCCUCCACGAACACGUUUACCCGAGGACAGGCAUGGUGGGGGGGGUGAGGAACGCGAAGAUGGGGCUGGCGUGCGAGGACAGCUGGAGCGACGGCGAGGACAGUUCGAGCGACGGCGACUCCUCGGCUGCGGACAUGGCCGAUCUCUCGUCGUCCGCUGAAGAUGACGUCGUGGCGGAGGGUGCGAGGACGUCGACGGCGGCCGGUCGAAGGCAGGGUCCGCGCCCUCGAAGGGUGAAGAGGAAAAUCAAACGUCGGAAGGCAGAUUCGCAACGGACCUGCUCGAAGCCGUCGCAGAGCCAGGCGUCGGGAGUUCAGUCCCAGAAAACUCGUGCCCCACAAACCGGCGGCGGGGAGACGGCAGCAGUACCGGCAGCGCCUCCUCCCACUCGCGAGGGCGUAGGCUGGUCCCAGUCUCCCAACGUGCUAUGUUUUGCUGGCCAGACGCCCAAAGGGAAGGCAGCGUCUUGCAUUUUUGCGCCUCAGGGUCAAAGGCAGCAGAGGCAGCUGGUGAGCGGACGGUUCACCUUAAGAUCCAGCAGGAAAAGGGCGUCGGGCAGAGCGCACUCGGAAGUGGGUGUCGGAAAUCGUAAGCAGCAUGGGCUGCCUUCAGGCAUUCCCGAGAAACCUAAGGAGAUAUUGCUGUCGGGAACUCCCCCGAAUCCGGUGUUGCCGAUAAGAACGUUCAAGAAACCCGAGGCCACACAAAUGCCAAAAGAUAACAUUCAAAUCACCAGUGGUGAAAUUGUCCUGUCUGAAUCGUCUGGAUCAUGCAAACAAAUGUUAGUUAAAACGAAGCUAGACACAUCCAACAGAGAGUCCCAGGUAAAGGAAAAAACCUGCACUGUGCAAGAUACAACCCGGCGUAAAAUACCGAUGGUAGUGAUACACCCUGGCGCCAUGAAAUUUCUUCCUCCGCAUGUAGCGUAUGCAUGGAAGGCCAAGGAAGCAUAUCAAGCACAAAAAGCAAAGGCCAGAUGCGCAGUAGUUGACGUGAGUAAGGUACGCAGCCAUGACAACAGAAAACUACACGGAAGUAAGAGUGAGAAUAGACCAUGCACUUCCGCUAAAGAUGGUGAUAAUGCGAACAGAGGAAUUAAUGACGUACUGACACUAACAACACCGAGGGAAAUGAGUGAGCAAGGUUAUGUUGAAAUUGAAGUCCUCGAUGAAACACAGUUCGAAAGUAGCGCAGUGAUCAAUGACGUGAGUGACGAAGAAGUAACAGAAAUUAACAUUAUAUCGCUACAAGAUAAGUCCAAUGUCAGUGUAAGAACAGUAGGAAGCAAGAAAUCCAAAGAUGAAACUCAGAGACACGAAGCUACGGAAGAAACAAAAACACAUACAGCAGAGGAGCCUUCGAAGGGAGAUGAAACAGACAAAUCAAAACAUUGCCCAGCUGACGCCAGAAUGCAGCAAAACAAAUCAAAGAAACCAGAGAAAACCCAAAAAAGGGAUUGCGGACCAAAGGCCACGUCAGAAUUAUCAUGUCCGUCGGAACGAGCCUCCAGCAAUCAGAAUGUUUUAGCCAGUGCUUCGGUUCCUUGCACUCUCAAGAUACCCAAAGAUCCUCUCACUGUGAAGGAAGGAUCAAAGACAUCGCUCUUGGACUCUAUGAAAAACGUAGAGAAGAUUAUUGAUGAAGUUGCAACCGGCUGUAUAACAACAGACUUGCAACGCAUUUUACAAAAACGCUGGUCUACACCGGUCUCAGAAGUGAUCACGCACAUAGAAAAGACUAUAGAAGAUGUUGUCACCGAUUCUGCACAGUGCCCAGACGACCGUAAAGCAACGAACACGGCCAAUGAACGCGUUAAUUUCAAGAGCGAACAACAUGGAUCUGUAAAGAGAAAUAACGAGAUGGUAGAUAUUCCCAAACAGAUAAAUAAGGCUAUGAAGAAAGAGGGCCAAUGUAAGGGGAAGAAAGCAGGAGGACAAGGUGCAGAUCAGGAUGAUUUGAAAAGUAUCACUGAAAUUCCUUCAUUGGCAUCCGAGAAGAAGGACGAGACAAAAGCCGUUUCUGUGAACACUUUGGAUUUCCUCCCGAACUUAGCGAGAGAGCUUCAGCGGAGAUUAAGGUCUCCCUCAGGCGGUUUCCAAGGAGAGUUUAACGAGGCCUCAAGUAUCCCUCGCGGACGAACAUCCCCUGGCACUUCGAAGGCACAGCAAGGAGAUUCCUUUCCGCUCGCGAACAAAGGAUGUCGCCAGGGGGAGCGACCGAGACGUGAAGGGAACGUGAAGGAGGUUUCGCCGAUAUUUACGAUGAGUCGAGACGUUAGCCAGACACAAGGGCUGAAUACUGCUUUAUUUGAGCAGGUAUUUAAUACUGACAAGAGUUGUCCCGUGAAUGUUCAGAAGAGAAAGAAUUGCACUGAUAUCGCUGAUAUAUUAAUCAGGAGAGCGAAAAUAGAGAUUGAACGUUGCACAAUAUCUCGGGCGAAAACCACAGAAUCAGAAGAUCUAUUUCUUAAAUGCCAUAAGCGUUUGUUAUCGGGAGAGGACUUACCUGAAUCAAAGAGGACAGUAGGCCUGUCUCAGGACGAACCUGGAGAGCGUCACGCAUCUCUCGGAACUCCUAAGAGAGGCCCGCAAGGACUCGUCCAAUUUCAGGCAUCAGGUACUCAAAAGGACCGCAAAUCACUCCAAAAUCCUACAGAAAAGAAUGAUCGUCGUCCAGCUGUUCUUCGUCCGGCUCCCUCCACGAUUUCCUCUCAGAAAAAUCCUGCCACAGUGGCAAUGCCUCCGAUCUCGCUUUGCUCGUCCUUGUCGAACAAAGAAAACUGCGGGUUCCAAGCUUCAAACGACCUCGAUGAUUUUGUUCAAGACAAACGUCUCAGUUUACUUUCUGCUCGGACGAAGGGAAAAAAAUCGCGGAAUACGAAAGUCUCAGGAAAAAAGAAAAAAGAAAAACAGGAAGAACUGUUCACUACACAAAGAAAACCUGGAAAUUGUCGUUUGUAGAGAUGAAAGCGAAGUGAAGUCCUUAGUGAGAGUGAGAUUUUCGAACUGCACGAAAUACUCCGUAAUGUGAUUUGAUAACAAAUUAUUUUGGUGUAUAUAAUGGGGUAUGGAAUGAGAACACAAUAAAGAAAGACUUUGUCGUUGUAAAUGAAUAUAAAAGUAAGAAGAAAAAAACAGAAACAGGAGAAACUGACGUAGGAACUGAAACUAGACGUUUACCUAUGAUACGUGAACUGCGUCAACAUAAGAUUUCGCCGUCAGUGUAAUAUCAGUUUAUUUUUGCUUUUUUCUGUGACUGCCUCUAAUGCCGGGAAGUCUAUUAAGGAAGAGGACACACGAAUUUGCAUAUUUCUGUUGCAUUUAAGGAGUGGUAAGUGAUUACCUUGAGUUUUUUUUUCUUGGAGAAUAACUCGUUUCCUUUGUCUGCGUGACUGAAUAAAUUGAAAUGAUUAAGCGCUCU